AUGUUUCAAAGUUAUGUCUUUUUUAUUAACACCGGUCGUAAAAUGGUACGGAAUCACAAUGGAUUGCCGGAACGUGGUUCCUGGUCAUCGAAACUCGAUUUCAUAUUAUCUGUUGUGGGUCUUGCUAUCGGACUUGGCAAUGUUUGGCGAUUUCCAUAUUUAUGCUAUAAAAAUGGUGGCGGUGCCUUCCUUAUACCAUAUUUCUUGACUCUAAUAUUGGCGGGAAUACCAAUGUUUUUUAUGGAAUUAGCGCUUGGACAGAUGCUAACGAUCGGUGGGCUGGGGGUUUUUAAGAUUGCGCCCAUAUUUAAAGGUAUUGGCUAUGCUGCUGCCGUAAUGUCUUGCUGGAUGAACGUUUACUAUAUCGUCAUUCUGGCAUGGGCCGUUUUUUACUUCUUCAUGUCUAUGAAAGCAGAUGUACCUUGGCGUUCUUGCAAUAACUUCUGGAAUACCGUAAAUUGUGUAAACCCAUACGAGCGCAACAACUUAAAUUGCUGGGAGGAUUCGAUAAAUGGAACAGUAAAGAAAAUUUGCUCUUUAGCCGCAGCAAAUAUCAGCACAUCAGAGUUAACAGAUCCAGUUAAAGAAUUCUGGGAACGUCGUGCACUGCAAAUUACCGAUGGCAUCGAACAUAUUGGCAGCAUACGCUGGGAAUUGGCGGGCACUCUGUUAUUGGUAUGGAUUUUAUGCUACUUCUGUAUAUGGAAAGGUGUGAAAUGGACAGGCAAAGUAGUUUACUUCACUGCACUCUUCCCCUACGUCUUGCUAACCAUAUUACUUAUACGCGGCAUAACCCUGCCAGGCGCAUUUGAAGGCAUCAAAUUCUACGUGAUACCGAAUUUUUCAAAGCUUACAGAAUCAGAAGUUUGGAUUGAUGCAGUUACACAAAUUUUCUUCUCUUAUGGACUUGGACUUGGCACAUUAGUUGCGCUGGGCAGUUAUAAUAAAUUCACGAAUAAUGUCUACAAAGAUGCCUUAAUUGUAUGCACAGUUAAUUCAAGUACAAGCAUGUUUGCUGGUUUUGUGAUAUUCUCUGUUGUCGGCUUUAUGGCACAUGAGCAACAAAGACCGGUGGCAGAAGUAGCUGCAUCUGGUCCUGGCUUAGCAUUUUUGGUAUAUCCAUCGGCGGUGCUACAAUUACCUGGUUCACCAUUGUGGUCUUGUCUGUUCUUCUUUAUGUUACUGCUUAUCGGGCUCGAUUCACAAUUCUGUACAAUGGAAGGCUUUAUUACGGCUAUAAUUGAUGAAUGGCCACAAUUGUUGCGUAAACGAAAAGAGAUAUUUAUAGCCAUCGUAUGCAUAUUGAGCUAUCUGGUUGGUCUGACUUGCAUCUCACAGGGCGGCAUGUAUAUAUUCCAAAUAUUGGACUCGUAUGCGGUUAGUGGUUUCUGUCUAUUAUGGCUGAUAUUCUUCGAAUGCAUAUCAAUUUCGUGGUGUUAUGGCGUGGACCGUUUCUAUGAUGGUAUAAAGGAUAUGAUCGGUUAUUACCCCAUGGUCUGGUGGAAGUUUUGUUGGUGUGUUACAACCCCGCUCAUCUGCCUGGGAGUAUUCUUUUUCAACAUAAUACAAUGGAAGCCGAUAAAAUAUUUAGACUAUAACUACCCUUGGUGGGCACAUGCGUUUGGUUGGUUUACUGCCUUGUCGUCGAUGCUAUACAUACCCGCUUACAUGUUUUGGCUAUGGAGACGAACACCUGGAGAAACAGGCCAGAAAAUUCGAGCGAUCGUACGAAUAGAUGAAGAUAUUAAGCACCUCAGAGAGAAAAUGCAGCAAGAUACAGCUAAAACAGUGGAACUUUAUACACUCUAAGGCAUUGUCUAAAUUAGCACCAUAUAGCAUUAAUUAAUAAUUUCCUAAUCAUUUAAUUACAAUACAUCAGAAUUAACGUAUUAAAAAUAAUAAGGUAUAUAAGUGUGUUAGUCAAUGAGUAUAUAUGCUUAUAUCAUUUAUCUUAUACAUUUAUAUAUGGGUGCAUAUAUACAUGAGUUCAUAAGCUAGUUUGUACAAUACUACUGAAAUUGUAAAAUAUGGCUCUUAGUACAUAGGUUAACCUAAACAAUGCUUAAAACGUAUUUUAACUGAAAAAAUGCUAAUAUUACGCAACAAGUGAUAGUAGCUAUGAAUGUUUCUUAACGAAAAUUUUAUAUAAGGUAUGAAUGUACAAACAUAUAGUAGUUGCAUAACUACCUAUUCGGGUUUCGGCCACUUGUAGGUGUGUUCGUAUUUGUUUAUUAUUACAAAAUACUUAAGUUUUAUUAUAAAACUAAAUUAAUAAUGUUUGUGUUGUUAUAUUUAUAAUUAUAUAAUUUAUACAAAUGUCAACUCUCCCAUCACUUGGUUGAACAGAUUUUAAAUGUUAUUUUAAUUGAUAUAUACAUACAUAUAUCAUUAUUAUGUUGGUUGAAUUGCAACUCGUGCUCUGUUUAGUUGGUAAGCAAUUAUAUUUAGAAAUCUCUGUCACUUACUUAGUAAAAUAUUAAAAAAUGUUUCAAA